CGCUCCUGGUUAUUCAUUGACGGUGGGAGGGGACGGAGGAGCUCGGGGCAGCCAUCCCAGCGCAUGUGCUCUCACGGUGGUGGCAGGUCCCCCCUUGUCCCCAGCAGCACCCAGCAGAAGAUGCCAGACAGCAGCGUGUGGGUGCUGGCGCCGGCACUGACGCUGGCACUGGUGCUGGCACUGGUGCUGGCACUGCCCAGCACUGGAGAGCAGCACCUGGAGGAGGCCGAGCGCAUCAUGAGCACCACGCCGGUCAUCGACGGGCACAAUGACCUGCCCUGGCAGCUCCUCUGGAAGUUCAACAACCAGCUGAGGCUGCCAGCAGCCAACCUGACACUGCUGAACGACACCCACACCAACAUCCCCAAACUGCGCCAGGGCCACGUGGGUGGGCAGAUGGUGGUGGAGGAGAUGAACCGCCUGGGCAUGAUGGUGGACCUGGCCCACGUCUCAGUGGACACGAUGAAGGUGGUGCUGAACAUCUCCAAAGCCCCCGUCAUCUUCAGCCACUCCUCUGCCUACAGCCUCUGCCAGCACCGCCGCAACGUGCCCGACGACGUGCUGCAGCUGGUGGCCUCCACGGGCAGCUUGGUGAUGGUCAACUUCUACAACGCCUACGUGACCUGCAGCGACAAGGCCACGCUGUCCGACGUCGCAGACCACAUGGACCACGUGAAGAAGGUGGCCGGUGCCCAGGCUGUCGGCUUCGGGGGGGACUACGACGGGGUCCCAGGGGUCCCCGCUGGCCUGGAGGACGUCUCCAAGUACCCCGCGCUGGUGGCCGAGCUGCUGGCGAGGAACUGGACGGAGAGGGAGGUGAAGGGGGCCCUGGCUGAGAACCUGCUGCGGGUCUUCAGCAGAGUGGAGGAGGUGAAGAGGAGCCUGCAGGGCACGGCUGCCCACGAGACCCCCAUCGCCUUCGAGGAGCUGCAGGGGCCGUGCAGAACCAGAUACGGGUACCCCAACGGCGCUGGCACCGCCCGGCGCCCGCCGGCAGCCCUGGCACUGCCGCUGGCGCUGGCCCUGCUCCUCUCCGUGCUCUCCUAGCACCCGGCACCGGGGCACGACCCCGCGCUCCUUUCUGCCGGACCCGCUGGCAAAAUAAAACCGUGGCUCAAGCA